AUGGAAGAUCCUCCAUUCUACCCCUCCACUCGAGGACAAACUCAGAUGACACCAAACAGAGUAAGCACGCGUCCUCGUAUGGUCUCAAGCCGCCGUGAACCCACUUAUCAUAUCCAACAAGGACUGAAUAGUUUGACGUUGAGGCACAUGAGCACCCUUCUGCGAGGCCAUAAUGAACGCCCGAAAGAGCAUAAAGUCAAAACUCCUACCAUUGAAGCUUAUGACGGUACCACAGACCCAGACAUGCACCUAGUUGCAUACCGUCACCACAUGUAUGUUCAAGGAACCAAUGAAGCCACAUGGUGCAAGUACUUUCCAGCUACCUUCAAAAGAGUAGCAUCCAAAUGGUUCGAGCGACUACCUCCAGGAUCAAUUGCCUCCUUCAACGAGCUACAUGCCCUGUUUUCCACCAGGUUUAUGGCAUACAAGGAAGAAAGGAAAACAAGCAUGCACCUGGGCCGCAUUCAACAAGGGAAAGAUGAGUCUUUGCGAAGCUAUGUUAAAUGUUUCAAUAUGGAAGCAGGAAAAAUCCCAGAUCUGCCCGAUGGCGUCUCCUUCGACAAUUUUUUCAGAGGCCUAAAGAAGGGAUUAUUCAAGUUUGACUUAGUUAAGAAGAGUGUGCGAACGAUGGCAGAAGUCCUGGACGAGGCCGAGGCCUUUAUUUAUGCCACAGAAAUAUGCAGUGUGUCCAAAGAUGGAAAGGCUGGAGAGGCGACAGACUCAUCCGGGAAGAAAGAGAAGACUGAUAGGAAGGUCUCACAAGUUAAUGUGGACGUGGGGACCAGGUUUGACCUUGAACGACCCUUUCCAAUGAAAUCACCUGUUGAGAAUCGAGAUCCUAAGCUGUAUUGCCAGUUCCACGAAGAUAUAGGUCAUGAUACCAAGGAUUGUAGAAGUCUGAAGAGGGCCCUGGAUGGCCUAGCCUCCAAGGGGCACCUGAAGAACUACCUUCAAUGA